UACAAGUGUGAAAAAUGUGGCAAUACUUUUAACUAUGGCUCAAGCCUUCAUAGACAUAAGAGAAUUCAUACUGGAGAGAAACCCUACAGAUGUAAUGAAUGUGGCAAAGCUUUUAACUGCUGUUCACACCUUACAAAACAUAAGAGAAUUCAUAGUGGAGAGAAACCUUACAAAUGUGAAGAAUGUAGCAAAGCCUUUUACACAUAUCUCAAGCCUUAAUACACAUAAGAGAAUUCAUACUGGAGAGAAACCUUACAAAUGUGAAGAAUGUGGCAAAACAUUUAACUGUAGCUCAAACCUUCAUUCACAUAAGAGAAUUCAUACUGGAGAAAAACUCUACAAAUGUAAAGACUGUGACAAAGCCUUUAACAAAUAUGCACAUCUUACUGUACAUAAAAAUAUUCAUACUGGAGAAAAACCCUACAAAUGUGAAGAAUGUGGCAAAGCGUUUAACACAUAUGCAUACCUUUCUGUACAUAAAAGAAUUCAUACUGGAGAAAAACCCUACAAAUGUAGAGAAUGUGGCAAAGCUUUCAAGUGGUGCUCAGACCUUACUGCACACAAUAGAGUUCACACUGGAGAGAAACCUUACAAAUGUGAACAAUGUGGCAAAACUUUUAAGUAUAGCACAAACCUUCAUAAACAUAAGAGAAUUCAUACUGGAGAAAAACUAUACAAAUGUAAAGACUGUGGCAAAGCCUUUAAUGAAUAUGCACAUCUUACUGUACAUAAAAAUACUCAUACUGGAGAAAAACCGAACAAAUGUGAAGAAUGUGGCAAAGUAUUUAACACAUAUGCAUACCUUUCUGUACAUAAAAAAAUUCAUACUGGAGAGAAAUCCUACAAAUGUAAUAACUGUGGCAAAACUUUUAACUAUAGCUCAAGCUUUCAUAGACACAAGAGAAUUCAUGCUGGAGAGUAACUACAAAUGUAAUGAAUGUAUGAAAUCUUUUAACUGUUUGUAACAUAGUAAACAUAAAAAAUUCAUUUUGAGGAGAAACCCUAUAAAUGUGAGGAAUUUGGCAAAGCCUUGAAUCAGUGCUCAUAGCUUUCUAAGCAUACAUACUAAAUAUAAACCUUACCAAUAUGAAGAAUGUUGCAAAGCCUUAAGUUAGUACUGACACCUUUAUAAACAUAAG